CUUGCCUCGUGGUAUGGAACGUAUUUCUCGCCGCUUGCAAAGCCGCUCGUGGCCUGCCAGCUCUUGUGUCUUUCUUGGUCCAUAUAAGACGCAGGAUCUAACUGCGCGGGCCCCAGGUGGGACUUCAGAGGCUUCUCUGCACUUUUCUUCUGCGCAGGCCUGUCUAGUUCAGCCCUCGCCCCUCCAUUGUCUUGAAAUCCGCCACAAGACUUUCGCCUGCAUUGGCAACUUUAACGACCUUCAUGUAUAAGACGAAACACGACCUCGGGAGUCCUAAUUUCAAUCUCAACACUCCCAAGAUACCCCCAAAGGCGCUUCCACAGUCGCCACCACUCAUGUCUUCUCGUUCUUUUAGUAGGGCUGAACAUCGUUCGUUCACGUUGAUCAAGCCCUCUCUUCCAAGCUCAGUUUCACGGGCGCCCACGCCCAAGCCUUCGACACCACAGCCCCUCAAAUCUAUCCUGAAGGGCAAGACUUCCCCUCCUCGUGACUCAUAUGAAAGCGAUGGAGAAAUCACAGCUGCCAAGAAGAUUUCGCGGAGUAACGUGUAUUCAGUUCACAGAUCCCUUCCGCAAAAUGCGCACUUGGGUCCCAUGAAGGGUCCCGCACUAAAUCUUCACUGGUCGCUGCUCCCCUAUCAUCCAGAUCAAUCAAAACGAUUUCUUCACUUCGAUAUCGCUUUCCCAACUCGCAACAUCGAGUUCAGGCAGAAUUCGUCUCGUGGUGUCCAACGAAUAGGCUUGUCUGAUGCCGACCUUGAUAAGCAGGCCGCAGAUGAGAAGCUAGUCAAGAUGACCAUCAACUUCCAGCGAGGUCCGUUCGAGUGGGAUAUCGACGUGAAGCGCGAGCAGGGCGUUCGCGUUCGCGAUGUCUUUGAGGCGAUAUACGCAGCUUUCGAUGAACCGCUCACACCAUAUGAGAAAAACUUGAUCCCGCACCAUCGCCGGGCAGUAUAUGAAGAUGCGUUCAGGCUUCGCUGCAAGUUGGCGGCAGGGCUUCCUAUCGUCGAGCAGCGCCAAGGAUGGAAGCGCGUUGACAUGCUUCUACACGAGACCCUCUUCCGUGGUCUAACACAGCCGAAGUCUGGGGGAGACUGGGUAUUGAAUCUCAGUGGGUCGGUGCCCGUGUCAAAACACUGAAGAACCUCACGAUCAUUGCAUGUUUUUUUUCUCUCACUGUAUUCUUGAACUGGGUUUCAGCAUUCCAGCCACGCUCGUUCGGCUUUA